AUGGUGACAGAAACUGUAGUGACUCCUGAAAACACUCAAACAACUAGAAAUACCUCAAACCCUCUAUCAGAUCACACUCAUCCUUUCUUUCUUCAUGCUUCUGAUUCCCCAGGAAUGAACCUUGUCAACUCACCCUUCAAUGGAAAGGGAUAUGGGGGAUGGAAGAGGUCAAUCUUGAUAGCCCUUUCAGCAAAAAAUAAGAUUGGGUUCAUUGAUGGUACUCAAAAGGAACUAGCUCCUACUUCAGCUGAUUUCAAACUAUGGAGCAGGUGCAAUGACAUGGUGUUGUCAUGGUUGCUCAACUCUCUCUCAAAAGAGAUAGCUGACAGUGUCAUCUACUCCAAAACAGCCAAAGAUCUCUGGCAGGAACUUGAGAACAGGUUUGGGCAAAGUAAUGGUGCUCAACUCUAUCACCUACAAAAGGAGUUGAGUGAUUUAGUGCAGGGAUCAAAUGAUAUUGCUGGGUAUUUCACAAAAAUCAAGAGGUUGUGGGAUGAGCUUGAUGCUCUGAGCACUUCUGUCAACUGCACAUGUGACUGCCAGUGUGGUGGAAAAGCAAAAAUGGCUAAGUCUCUUCAAGAUGAAAGAUUGAUUCAGUUUCUAAUGGGUUUAAAUGAUGUCUAUGCAGCUAGGAAAAGCAAUAUUCUGAUGCUCUCACCAUUACCCUAUGUGAAUCAUGCUUACUCACUCUUAAUGCAAGAUGAGAAACAGAGGGAAGUGUAUAUGAGCUCACACUAUCCAGGGAACUCUACUUCCUUCUUGGCCACUAAUCAGACCACUCUUGGUCAGAAGUCUGGAUAUUAUGAAGCCAAACAGAAGAAAACCAAUUUGGUGUGCUCAAACGGUAAGAAACCUGGGCAUUCUGUGGAUAAAUGCUAA